AUGAGACAAACCCUACGACGCCGGGACUCGAACUCGGACUCCGACUGCGAGCCCGACCCACAACCGCCGGACAGCCCAACAAUACCGGACUUCGCGGUACAGGUGGCGGCCAUACCGGGGCUAAAGGGGGGCUCAAAGCUAUGGUUCGGGAAAGACUAUUGCAAUUUCAUAGUCAAGGACUUUGUCAAUCUGAACGAACCCUUCGUGGACUCCGUGAACCGGAACAACACACCCCGCAUGCCGUGGCACGACCUGAGCUGUAUGGUCACGGGUGCGGCGGCCCGCGAUGUGGCCAGGCACUUUAUCGAGCGCUGGAAUUUUACCAAGUUUGAAAAGGCCAAGUUCAACGACAAGUUUCCGUGGCUACUGCCCAAGUGCUACGAUAGGGUGGCCAGCGUACAGGUGCCCAGGUUUUUCCUGCGCUCGCAGCCGGUGUCGGCCCAAGUGGUCCGGUCGGUCGGCCACUGGUCUAUCGGCCAUAAGAGCACCGACACGUCGAUACUGACCGCUCACAUCGAUCUCAUCAAUUCGGCCAAACACUACAUUUAUAUGGAGAACCAGUUUUUCAUUACGCAAACCCAGUCGGCGCCGCUCGACCCGUCCGCUCAGGUGCUCAACCAUAUCGGCGACGCUAUAUAUCACAGGAUUAUCCGCGCCUUUAGGGACGGCGAGACAUUCAGGGUCUUUGUAUUCUUCCCCCUCUUACCGGCCUUUGCAGGCGAGAUUGGCACCAACUCUGGCACCAGUAUGCAGGCCAUCACUCACUAUAAUUACGCCACUAUAUGUAGGGGCGAACAGUCGCUGAUCAAUCGCCUGCGCCGCGAAGUGGGCGACCCAUUCAAUUACAUACAGUUUUACGGACUCAGAAACUACGGCCAACUUCACGGCAAACUGGCCACAGAACUCAUCUAUGUUCACAGUAAACUGCUAUUAGUGGACGACAACAAAGUGCUGAUCGGUUCGUGUAAUAUUAAUGACCGGUCAAUGUUGGGCUCGCGGGACUCGGAGGUAGCGGUUGUGCUGCACGACCGCCAAUUCGAGGCCCAGGCGGUGAUGAACGGCCAGCCGUACGCCAAGUGCGGCCGGUUUUGCGGCUCACUUCGGCGGCAUCUAUUCCGCGAGCACUUGGGUCUACUCGGGCCCAGCGAUAGGGGCAGCCAACACUUGCAGGCGAGUCCCGCGUUGCCCGACAUUGACAUACGGGACCCGAUCGGUGACCACUUCUAUAAGGACGUAUGGAUGGCCACCGCCGCCCGUAACGCCGAUAUCUACGAACGGGUAUUCCCGGUGGUGCCCACGGAUCAGGUGCGCACGUUUGCCCAGUUGAAAGACUACUUGACUCGACCCAAACUGGUCCACACGGACCCCCAGGAGGCCCAGCGCCAGUUGGACAGAGUGCGCGGCCAUCUCGUGCUCAUGCCGUUGAACUUUCUGGAGGACGAGGAGCUGACCCCCCAGUGGGGCACCGGCGAGAAGUUGAUGCCCAACUCGUUGUGGACCUAAAUGGGUGGCCACAGGGGUGUUGGUCGCCCCCAGUUUUGUAUAUUUGAUCUCGCCCGUAUUCAUUUAUGUUGCUAUGCAAUUGUGUGAUCUAUUAUGUAUAGCUAGGAGUUGUUUUUGUUGUUUGAAAUUGUGCAAUAGUUAACCAAGAUUUUUUUAUCAAUCAUUUUACCAUGUGCAACUUGUCAUUUAUUUUUUUUGUAAUUUUUAAUUAAUUGGC